AGCAGUGGUGACAAUUUGCUAUAUAGGACGUGUAUGCUGCCAACUUGAAACACUAAAUACUAGAAACUAUCGAAAAGUUAUAAAUAUGAAAUAUAUAGGAUAAGACUGACUUGUCAGUAAUUUUUGUGAUAAGAUAAAUGCAUGUUUGUGUGAACUGCACUGUUACUAAUAUCACUUUAAAGCUAAUCUAGGUAUUACGAAACAGCAUAACCUUUAAACUGUGUCGCAGGUGUAUUUCUUGCCAGUAUUAAGGAGCCGUAUCUGAAAAACAAUAUUACAUUUUAAGACACAACUGUGAAAAUAAUAUAUAUAAAAAUAUUGAAAUGCCACUUAAAUUUUGUGCUAACCUAUCAUUUAUGUUCCAAGAGACGACUUCACUUCUAGAACGGUAUCAGCUUGCAAAGGAUGUGGGUUUUCGAGCCGUAGAAUGUGCAUUUCCGUAUGUACAUACAGUCGAUGAAGUUGUUGCUGCACAGAAGAAGGCAAAUGUGGAACAGAUUUUAAUAAAUGCUUUUGUAGGUGAUGUCACUAAAGGUGAACUGGGAUUUGCAUCGAUUCCUGGAGCUGAAGAGAAAUUCAAUGAUAGCCUUAACCUAGCAGUGAAAUAUGCAAAAGCACUAAAAUGUUCCAGGGUCCAUGUAAUGUCUGGUGCUGUGGAGAAAGUGAAUGAAGAAAAUGUGAAAACAUAUGAGAAGAACAUAAAGCAUGCAGCAUCUUUAUUUGAAAAAGAGAAUAUUAUUGGAUUAAUAGAACCGAUCAAUCCUUUCUCAGUUCCUAAGUACUACAUGAAUGACUUUCAGAAAGGUCUCAAGGUAGUGAAAAAAGUUAACAGUCCAAACUUGAAGCUUAUGUUGGACAUGUUCCAUUUGCAGCACUUACAUGGAAACCUGACUCUCAACAUCAAGGAGUUGCUGCCUUAUGUUGGUCACAUCCAAGUGGCACAAGUGCCAGAUCGUCAUGAACCCAAUACUAGUGGAGAAAUUGACUAUCGAUACAUCUUUUCUCUACUAGAACAGUUAGAAUAUGAUGGCUGGAUUGGACUUGAAUACAGGCCAGCAGGAGGCACAAAGGAAGGACUUAAAUGGGUUGAAGAGUUCAACAUGAAACUAUAAAAUUCAAACAUUCACUGUUUACUUUAUGUUAUAACGUAUUAAGGCACAAAUAUUAUGUCCAGUUCAGUUCUCACCGAAAUCAAAUUUAUGAUGCAUAAUGUAAUUUUCUUGUAGGAUCUGCAGCAUCUCAUAAUUUUUCUCCAAUUGCAAAGGAUAUCUUGGACUUGCAGUAGGUGCACAGAAACAUGGUUGUAAUCAAAAGCACUCAAGCUCAAAACGGGUUACAUGUUAGAAUAUAAUAUAUGUGCUUUAAACGGGUGGUAUAUACUUAAAGGGUAGGGUUAUCAGUGUGAAUUUAACAACUUUUGUCUGUGUUCUCACAGUGGUGGUUUAAAAGGGUACUAUCUUUUGGGAUAUAAUGCUGUGUAGUUGAGUGAAAGUCAGCUGUCAUUUUGGAGAACAAAUCAUAGGCAAAAAGCUUCAUGCUUGUUUCUUGCCUGGCUUACCCCUUGACAUUAAAGGUGGAGACAAUAUGGUUUUCCAAGAUGUUGACUUUCACCACACUAGGAGGCGUUAUGUCUCAGAGGAUAGAUAUUUUCAGGUUUUGCAUAUCAUAAUGAACACAAUAUUGUGAUUAAAUAUUCAUGUUAUUCCAGAAUACAUCUUAUUUAUCGUUUGUUUCUUACAUUCUGAUGUCUAAAGUUUGUUACCCCCACAAAAGAGAAAACUAAGUAGGCUGUAUAUGUUCACGCAUGUGUGUGUGUGGGUUUUUUGCGUUUGUGUGUCCCCCUCCCCCCAUGUUCCCAUGGAGGGGGUGUCAAAGACUGCUGAUUUCCUGUGUACAGUUGUGAUCAAACUUCAUGGUUCAGAGCAACAGUAGUCUGUCUUCCAAUGUAAGAUCCUUUCAGCAUUCAGAAUAUGCAAUGUGUUUAUACUGAUGAGAACUCCUGAAAGUUUUUUCUGUAACUAGACUUAUAUGCCAAAACAUAUGUACCCCUUGUAUAUUUCUUUCUAUAUAAGAGUAAAUAAAAAAAUGUUAUUUCCAUCUCUA